UGUUUGUGUGCGUAGCUUUUAGCUUGCUCGUUUGGUUGACAAUCGCGAUGUGAUGUAUUUCUACAUCAUCGCACGCUGAGUUAUAUUUUCAACAAUCUUUAGUUUUGUAUUAGUUACUCGAAUACUUUUUAAAUGUUUUCUUUUAUUGUGAUAACCUUAUUCGUGUUUAAUUUCUAAAUAUGUGUAAUUUGCCGCCGAAGUUCCAUUCAGUGUGUCGCCUUUGUUUAUCAUUCUGUGGCGAUAAUUGCAGUGAUGUUAAACUUCCAAUUUUCGACCGUGAUAAGGAUAAAUCACGACUUUCCGAGAUGAUAAUGUCUUACUUAUCAAUAAUGGUGUCUCCGGCGGACCCGCUGCCGCAGGUGGUGUGCGGGAGCUGUGCUCACAAGCUGGAUGAGUUCCACACAUUCAGAGAGCUCUCACACAAAUCUGAAAGAUUGUUGGAACAGUUUCUACAGUAUGCCAACUCAUUGUCUGGCCCAAAAGAGGAGGUGGUGAAGGUGACGGGCGCCAAGCUGGAGGAGAUGAUCCGUCCGCUGGAGCCGGGCGAGUACGAGGCGCGGUACAGCGAGCGCUCGCCCGACUCCACCGACGAGACCAAGGCCGAGAGCCGCCGCGCCGCCGUCGCGCUGCUGCAGAUCAAGAACUACGACCCCACCAAGUACCAAGUGAAGGAGCAGGACAGCCACAUCGUGUUCAACAGCGUGGGCGCGCUGCCGCCGGCGGAGCGAGCGAGAGAGGUGAUGCACUGCAACGCUGUCAUCGACAUCAUCAGCAAGGCGGUGGCCGUGAAGCGCGAGCAGGAGGAGACGCUGUACAAGCGCGUCAGCGAGAAGUACCCCAACGCGGAGUUCUCGGACGAGCAGUUCCCCUACACCCCGCACACCCCGCUCGCCCCGCACCACCCCGCGCCCACGCCGCCCGACGACGACCGCGCGGAGAAAGAGAUGGACUUAUCCGUCUACAGCGCGGUCAAGAACGAGCCAGCAGACGAGAAAGAGCUAGAACGUGACACGUAUUACAGAAGUAUCGCUCACAAUGAAGCGUCGAAUUACUCGGAAGAGAGCAAAGAGCGCACUCACUCACACAAGAAGAGCAAGGACAAUAACUCAGUGUACGAUGACUGCAGCCUCAGCAGCAGCGAGUCGGACCCCGACAGGCUACAGAUGGAUAUAUCCCAGAUGUCACAGGAUGACCCAGAAGAGACGCAGUCUGCGCGAUCCACGCAGUCGUCGCCUCAACCGAACCACGAAGACAACACCGACAAAGAAUCUCUAUGGCAGGCGUUACAUCGACAGAACAACGGUCGCGGCGGCGAGGCGACUCAACUACUCCGGCGGCUGAUCAACAGCAAGCACCUCGGCAUGACGGUGUCCCCGCUGCGCGCCGCGCCGCCCGCCGCGCCGCACCCGCCCGCCAACGGGAACGUGUCGCCGAACGGUGAUUGGUCGGGGUCGCGCGGCGCCGUGGCGGGCACGGCUCGCAGGAAGCAGAGCUUCCCGGCGCGAGCUCAGCCCGUGCCCGAGGCCGCGCCGCCGCCGCCCUGGCCGCAGAACAACGCCUCCGAGAAUCAAGAGCCAUCGGACUCAACAACAGCUAGCAACGCGUACCGCGGCGGCAACCGCGUCGAACUGUCUUGCAGUAACUGCGGCACCCACACCACGACAAUAUGGCGUCGCGACGCGCGCGGCGAGAUGGUGUGCAACGCGUGCGGGCUGUACUACAAGCUGCACGGGGUGCCGCGGCCCACGGCCAUGCGCCGGGACACCAUACACACCCGGCGCCGCCGCCCCCGACGAGACCCCAGCACUAGGAACAAGCGUCGCGGCAACACAGCUUGCGCGGAGCCGGUAGAGAUAGCACCAGUCCCCGGCGAGGGGACUACCGAGGACGACUACCCACGACGCACGGGCGACGAGUCAGACUACAGGCGGGGGAGGGGCGGGGAGGGCGCGGAGGAGGCCGUGCUGGCGGCGCUGCGCCGGCAGCUGCAGCCGCAUUUACUGGCCGCGCUGCACGCGCACUCUGCGCGACCGCCGCAUGCGCAGGUGGGAAGUACGGCGGACUACGACGAGGCUCCACUGAACCUGGUCGCGAGCCACGUCACGGAGGAGACGCACUGACUGUCCCCCGCGCCCCGCACCGCGCCCCCCGGGGAGGAUGCAAGCAACACGCACCGGCCUCCUUUGACAGUUCCAUAGACAAAAAGCCCGCAAACAAGUACGUGAGAUAAGCGACGUUGUCUUUUGUUUUGUUGUUCGAGAUUCAAACUUUCAUUUUCUGCCAGUUUAUUUUUAAUUCCCCCGUUGGAAGGAUAUACAAACUCCGUAUUUAAUUUCUAUUUCAAUCAGUUUGAUUGAUUUAUGAAUCGUCGUAAUUAAAAUAACAGUUUUAUAUUUUAUAGUGAUAAGUGAGGCCAGUGUUUAUUACCCAGUCCGUUUCGAAAUCAAGUAAAGAAUGAGAUUACAGUUUUAUCGAAUAAAAAUAAAAAUCUACGCACAUAAAUAUAAAAAUAUUUCAUCGUAUUACUGCAGCCUGAAGUUGAAUGAAAGUUGCCUGCUUGCUUUUUCACAUUCAAGUAAUAAUAAAUAACCAUUCUUUAUUGGAGAUCGAAACUGACUGAGGGAAUCAUCAAUGUUUAUUUUUUGGGUAUAUAAAAUGUGACGGGCAUCCGUUAGCAGGAGAUACAGUCGUUGUACGUAGUGCCUAUUGAAACUAAAAGCAAAUAAUAAAAUAAAUAAUCGAUAUACUUAUCUGUGGUAGUAAAGUUAAAUGGAACUUGGGAUAUUAUACUAUUUAGUAAUCUCUUGUAAUUGGCUAAGUUAUUUAAAGUAUGGAUAAUUUAUUCAUGCUGAAAACGAGCGAUGAAUAAAAAGUUUGUAAGAUAAAGUUCUGAAGCUACACAAUCAUACUAAUAGAGUGAUUCAAGAGUGUAGGAAUAGGACGACACUUUAGGGAUAGAGUCUCGUUCUAUUCCUUACUACUUUGAUAACUAUAUUAUUGAAUAUAGGUCGAGUCGGAUAUGAUAUUGUGAAUUAUGACAGAGAAUCGUGAUUCGAUGAAUGGAUGCCAAUUCUAAUUAAGUGAGGUAAAAUCUCAAAGUAGAGUACGCGUAAGGGUAGAGUAACGAGAAUAGAAACCUAUUAAGCCUUGCCUUAUAAUGCUCUCUUGAUAAAAUGAUGAAAUUAUAUUUACGGUUACCUUUUUCAGGAAGCAAGUAUUCAUUUAGGAUUAGGACUUUUUAAAUUGUAUAUUAUUUACUUAGUAUUAACGUCGUCGGUACGGUAGUUGUCUAAUUUAUUUCCCUUGUCGGUCAGUAUUUAAAGUGUAAGUAUUUUCGUUCAAGUAUUCGUAUUUAGUUACUUAAAACUCUACCUGAAGUUAUCAACUACCUGUUGCAAUAAUUCGUCGAUGUUAAGCUUCUAUUUGUUUUGCUCCAAAACACAUUACCAGUUAUAUUUGCCUUCCAAUACACAUAUUUUUACACCUUUACUGUGUAUUGAUCUAUGCCUUUAUAAUAUAAACGUAUAGCAAUAAGAACAUGGCAUUAUUUGAAUAGAUAUUAGUUAACAUAUUUAUAUAAGAAGCAUAUUUUCCAAUGCAUUAAAAAUAGUUUUAUAUAAUCGCAUUUUUGAGAUGAAACAUUCAAUUUAGUUGUUGAAUAACAUAACCAAAUCACUGUGGCAUUAUGUAUUUUGGUUUUUUAUAAUUUAUAUAGUACACCUCAGAAUGGUCAGUUUUUAUGUAUUAUUAAAGCAAAAAGCAUUUACUUGUAUCGUUGUCCUGUACUUGGCUGUUUGUUGUUGCUUCCAUCCGAAUUUUUGUUUAGUUUCGCCGUCCUUACUUAACGUUAGUUUUAGUUUAUUAGUGUCGAACCCGACGGGCCAGUAAAGCAAGUCUCUGAGACAUUGUGAUAGUAUUUAUGUAGACAAUGCUCACCUUCCAUACACUUGGCAAUUAUUAUGUAUUUAGUUAUAUGCCCUACAACAAAAUAACAAAUCGUGUUGAUAUUUCGUAAGCUUACCAUAUUUAAAAGCUUUAAAAUUUGAGAUUAUUUAUUUAUUGGGAUCAUUAAUGUAUAUAUUUUUAAGACAACCCUGUGUUUUUGUUUUUCUUUGUAAUAAAGGAGCAGUACCCGUGACAAAAUGAUCAUCUCAUGUGGUAACGUGUGAUUCUCAGAAUAUGCUCUCCAUGUCUUUGCUCUCUAUUGAUAAUUUAUUAUGUAUUGUGAUUUAUACACGAAUUCCCUUUCUCCUCUGAAAUUGUAAUCUCAUUAGCUGUACCUAUAUGUAUUAUUUAAUUAUUACUUCCGGUUUUGGAGGGCUGAGUCCGCCAGCUAAGUUAUCUCUAGCGACAUUAUUAAAAUGGUCGACUUUUGUGAAACCGGGGGCUUGUAUCAUCGAUUGAUACGUAUUGUAAUUAUUUUGCCAACCUUUUUGGUUGAUAUCAGUUUAUUAUGUGUGUCUACGUAAUGUCCAUUGCACUAUUCACUAAUAUUGUCAGUGGGAAUAGUGAUACAGUAUUAUUUUUAAAUUAUAACAGUGUAAAUUUGUGUUAGGGAUACUACUUUAAUUAUAUGUUUGUAGUUUUUAUCUAGUUGACUAUCGAAUUUAAUUUCUUAAUUUCCUAAACCAUGGUAUUUAAUGCAGAGGUUAAUUGAAUUUUCGUUUCUUACCAACUACUUAUAGAUAUCAGUAUGAUUUAUUAAAACAAUUUUGAUUAUAAAUAUUAAAAAUUGUGACCUUGUACUUCUGUCGUGGCAAUAUGUAUGCUAUUUGAUCUUCCACAUUGUUUAUUUAUUAUUACUUUAGGUUAAAUCUAAUUAACUUUUGUAUUAGAGUUGAUGAACAAUUAUUGAUAUUAAGUUACUAACAAACCGGUUGUGUUGUGUGUGCUUACGCCCUAACAAGCAUGUGUUUGUGAUUAUAUUGUAAUGGUAUGUAUCGGGCACCUAGAUUCAGCGCCAGUCGAAGGCGCGGCCGAACCUCGAUGGGAACGUGGCGGCCGGCUGGUCCUGAAUCCCGUAGCCCCGCGCAGCUAAUUGUGUUAAAUGUUUAUAAUUUAUGCUGAAAUAUUGGCAUUAACGUUAUGAAAUUUCAUUCCGCUUUCACCGCACUACUGAAUGAAUACUAAGACUGAUGAUUGUUCAGCUAUUUUGAAGUCUUUUCCUACAAUACAAAGCUCUCAAUAUUUAUCUGUAUAGUAAUCGAGAUAUAACAAAAGUAUUUAAUUAAAAUGUGAUAUUUGUUUGAGAAUGUAAAUGUGUGUUUUUUCAGAAAGCAAUAAUGAUGUGAUAAGUGGCGACGGGCCUUGUACUGUGCGCCUCAAGAGAUUUAUUCUGUAAUAAUGCAAAAUAUUGUGGUCAAUUUUCAAGUAAGUAGAUUCACUAUUAGUACGGCCAAACUUUUAAAAUCGUAUUAAUAGUCUGCAAAAUUCAAGAUGAGCCAGGACAAUAUUAGUAUAAUUAAUUAGUACCUACCUUUAUAAAAUAAGUAUUUACUUACAGCAAAAAAAUAUGUUUCGUACUUGAAAAUAGCUAAUUACAUACGUGAACACGACCUAUACUAUAAUUUACUAAAUCCAAUAUCUUUCAUGAUGUUGAAAUAUUUCUUGUAAUGAUACUAAUUAUUGCAACCUUUGGAAACGCGAAUAUUGUUAACGUAUACAGGUAGUAUUGUCCUGUCGAUCAUCUUGAUCUAGUUCAUAGUAACGAAAGCAAUAAUAAUUGUAACUUAUAGAUUCUAAAAUAGCUUACUGAAAUAAGCAAGGUCGCUUCGGAUUAGAUUGCAGAUUUAUUAUCUGCUCUCCUAGGAAUAACCGAUACUAAUUCAUAAAAAAUUAAGAGUUUUGAAAUAAUAAAAAUGAUUUACACAUAGCUAUAGCAUAGCAUACCUAUAAUAUGUAUUAUUUUGUUAAUUAACUAUGUCUAUAAAAUGACGGUUACCUACAAAUUACUGCACUUAUUGGUAUUUUAAUCUAAAAUAUGCUUGAAAGUCAGCAGUCUAAUUUAAAUUAAUCCUAAAUUACAAGUAACAUAAAACAAAAAAACUUUCAACAUUAUUGCAUUAGUGUGGUUGUGAAAUAUCAAGAGUUCUUGGUGAUAUUCCGAUAAUGUUAGGCCACACGCCUCGAAUUUAAAAACUUUACUAUUCCUAAAGUACAUUUAUUCCUUAUAAGGAUAAAAUUGCUCUAUCUUUGUAAUUUCAGCGCUAUAUCUUGGUGUUCUAUUGUAAAAAAAAGCUCAGAUUGUAUGUACCUAGGUUUAUUUUCAGUAUACAGACUUACCAUUCGGACCACUGUUACCUUAUUGUUAUUUCAAUAGUUAGAAGUUUCAGCAUAAAUUAUCUGUUAAUUGAGAAUGUGAACAUGUGGCUGGAAUACUCAUUGAAAAAAAUACAUUAAUUAUUGUUGUAUAGAUGAUAAUAAUGUGACUUACGCAGGGAUGGAUACUUAAAUUAUUAAAAUUUUAACUGAUAUAUUGGCUAUGUAGUGAGUAGAAUAUUUUUUUACAAAUAAAUUAUAGCAGCUAAA